AUGCGACGGCACCUAGAGGAUGUGAGAGCUCUUACCUCCAGGGCUCUCAUUCACUCCCAAAGUUUAUCACCGAACAAAAAGGGGAGUCUCAUUUUCAAAUAUCAGAUAGACAGUGUGAAGAGCUCAAGAGGGACUGCCCAAGAUAAAAGGCUGAAGAAGUGGGACAAUAUUCUCUGUGCUUUGGUGAAAAUCAACUGCCGAAAGAAUGAGUUCGACGAAGGAUCCUCCAGCCCCAGUGGCCAUAAAGAAGCGAUCCAAGGUUCCUGGCGUGAUGGUAACGCAGUUUGUUGA